GCGCAGUUUGAUAGUGGUCACCUUAAGUGUGGUUUUGUGUUGUACGUUCUGCUUCUGACUUUUACGCAUCCCAAUGUUGGGACAUGGGUUUGAAUAGCUUGAUCCGUCCAUACUUGUCUAGUCUGACCUUCAAACUUGGUAGUUACGCUGGGCUGACAUUUUCGGUCCCCAUAUUUGGUUCACUUAUUUGCUACGCAUGCUUACAGGAUAAAAAUAAACUCACUGUUUAUAACCAUGUUGCAACUGCUAAGAGAUUUGUCAGGGCUGUCUACACAGGUACCCUCAUUUCCUUGGACUACAAAUGGACUAUGACCAUAUUUCCUAACGCAAGUUGAGUUUUUUUUGUUUUAUUUUAGGAUUGUUUUACUUUACAGGGCUCUGAAUUAUAUCUUCAUGAGCUAGGAAAAUGUCAUCAAAGAGCAGCUGAUAGAAUACUUCAAGGCUGUCUAUUUAAUGGAGGUUUGUAUGUCAAGAUGGGACAGGGUCUGGCAAGUAUGAAUCAUGUCUUACCUAAACAGUACACUGAGACUCUGGAAAAGUUGCAUGACCAAGCCCUUACUCGUUCAGCAGAUGAGGUACGUCGAAUAUUCAUGGAAGAUUUCGGCAAACCACCUUCAGAAUUAUUUGCUAGUUUUGAACAUGAACCCAUAGCUGCAGCCAGUUUGGCUCAGGUACAUCGUGCUGUUACUCAUGAAGGUAAACAGGUGGCGGUAAAAGUCCAGUAUGAAGAUUUACGUGGUCGAUUCGAUGGGGACAUGUCAACUCUUGAAUUACUUUUGAAGUUGAUUGAAACAAUACAUCCCAACUUUGGAUUUGGUUGGGUUUUGCAAGAUAUGCGCGAAACACUAGCCAAGGAACUGGACUUUGAAAACGAGGCAGAUAAUGCUGCUCACUGCGCUGUUGACCUAUCAAGUUUGGGGACCCUUGAAAAAAAUGGCUCAGUUCAUGUUCCUUGGGUUGAUCGUGAACUUACUAGCAAGCGUGUUCUUACAGCUGAAUUCAUUGAUGGUAUAAAAGUCAAUCAAGUAUCUGCUCUGCGCGAUGCUGGUUUCUCGCUUGCUGAAUUGGACCGUUUAUUAGUACGUGCAUUUAGUCAUCAAGUGUUCUGUACUGGUUUUGUACAUGCUGAUCCUCAUCCAGGGAACUUACUAGUACGAAAAAAACCUCAGAUACCGCUGAGUACCUCUCAAAGAAUCAAAUUGUCCAUCCAAUCUAUUCCCAACUUCUUAUUUGAUACAUUCGUAUUGCUUGGAUUCUUCUUAUGUCUACCUGUAACUAUUGUGAGAAAGUUAACAAAUCCUGAGCAUAAACUAUUCAGCCGUCCAGUUUCAAACCGAAGAUCAAGCGAAAUGCAACUAGUUUUGUUAGACCAUGGCCUUUACGAUACUCUUCCAAGCGCAAAACGAAAAGCUUUGUGUAGGAUGUAUCAGGCUAUCCUGGAUUCGAAUGAAUCAGUUAUGAAGGAGGCGUCUUCAUCCCUAGGUGUUGAAGAUUGGGCUACUUUUGGUGAGGUUAUCCUCCAGAGACCCUGGCGUCGCCGAACACUGAAAUUGCCAUCUCAGCUAUCUGAGGCAGAUAGAGCCUAUUUACGGGCAACAGCGAUGGAGCACUUUGAUAGAGUUAUGUCUGUUCUUGAGCAAAUGCCACGUCCAAUGCUUCUGUUUAUCAGAAACUUGAAUCUUAUUCGAUCUAUAUGUCGUUCUCAUGGCGAUCCUAUUGAUCGUCAUUCUUUAAUGAUUGACAGUGCUGUUCUUGGCAGUCGAAUAACAACUUCAUACUCUGGGAAAUUGAUUCCUUUAAGAUGGAGUGAUAAAUUAGAGGUGAAUAUGAUACUUCUACGGUAUCACUGGAAGUUAAGAUAUGAAGCCGUGUGUAUGUGGAUUCAAAGUUUACUUUAUCAACUGUUAUAUGCUAUGGGACAAGCACCUGAUAUAAAAGAAAUAUCAGCCUUGUAUAGUGCUGUUGCAACGCCUAAAAGCUUAACGGUCAAUGGUUAAAUGCUUAAUGCGAUUUUUCAAAGCAGCGAUCGAUGCACAACAGAUGAGCGUCUGAAGAAACCUACUUUCUUAAGAAAACCGCUUGUGUUUUCCAUUGUAUUGUGUAAUUUUUAAUUGGUCUUAUAUCUUUUCUGCUUUUCCUGCUAUCAGUCAGUUUCAUUUUGAAUUAUUGUAGUGUCUAAUUUGUCUUUGCGUUACUCACCACACGAAUGAGGUUUUGUGGUUACACUAUACGUAUCCACAUGUACAUCAGUUACAUUGAUUUGGAAUUCAAAAUGAAGAUUCAUUCGUCUUUUAUUUUUUUUUUACCAAUGAAAGUGUUUGUAUUUAUAAUUUACAUGUAAACGCGCAUGCUUACUUCAAUCAUGUAUAGACAGAUACCAAGAUUAUUGGCUGAAUGAAUAAACCUAUUUUAUGC